CUGCAGUCACUGCAGUUAGGUUAUCACUUAAAAGUUGUAAUAUUGUACAAUUUUUUUAUGAUUUUUCUCAAUCUCCAUUUUGCUACUGAAUCAUGCCAAUUCUUUGUAACUAACGCUCCGCAGAUUGGAGCUCCGAAGCUGUGUGACUGCAGCUGACUCACGGAAAACCAAGUUGGAAAGCAAACUUGUGCCGUUCCUUUGAGCUUUUUCCUUCGUUAGGACAGAACAUUUCAACGUUGAACAGUUCAACUUGAACUCGUGAAAAUGCUUGCGCGCAAAGGUCUUCCCAUUGUCCUUCGUACAUGCUCCCAGGCUGUCCGCUCUUUGGCGACCGUUCCGCAGACCCGCACGCAUGCCAAGUCAGACGGGGUUUCCGGUAUCAGUUUUGAUUUAUCGGACGAACAGAAAGCCUACCAGGAAGUGGUCCGCAAGUUUGCUCGUGAAGAAAUUGCUCCAAAAGCAGCGGACUACGACAAAACUGGUGAAUAUCCUUGGGAUAUCAUCAAGAAAGCUUUCGAUCUGGGAUUAUUAAAUUCCCAUAUUCCGCAAGAGUAUGGAGGACCAGGAAUGGGAAGUCUGGACGCUUGUGUUAUCACGGAAGAAUUAGCUUGGGGAUGCACAGGAAUUGCAACAGCCAUUGCUGCGAACGGCCUUGGGCAAGCACCCGUUCUUCUUGCUGCAACCCACGAGCAGAAACAAAAAUACCUUGGACGUAUGACAGCCGAUAACGGGGAUAAGCCGCUUAUGUGUGCGUAUGCUGUGACGGAACCCGGAACCGGCUCGGAUGUUGCUGGAGUGAAGACCAAGGCCGUACGGCAGAAAGACGGUUCUUAUGUUUUAAAUGGACAGAAAAUGUGGAUUACUAAUGCUGGAAAGGCAAAUUGGUUCUUUGUCCUGGCACGGACAGCCGACGAUCCGAAAACACCUACAAAUAAAGCUUUCACGGGAUUUAUCGUUGAAGCAGACACUAAAGGUGUAACGCUUGGACGCAAGGAAUGGAAUAUGGGACAACGUGCGUCUGAUACCCGUGGUAUCACUUUCGAAGACGUUGUAGUGCCGAAAGAGAAUGUUCUCGCCGUUGAAGGCGCUGGUUUCAAGAUUGCCAUGGGCGCUUUUGAUCAGACCAGACCCCCCGUAGGCGCAAGUGCUGUCGGGUUGGCACAACGGGCGAUGGAUGAGGCUGUCAAGUACAGCACGGAGCGGAAGACAUUUGGCAAAUUUAUUUUCGAGCAUCAAUCCGUGGGAAACAUUUUGGCUGACAUGGCCAUUAAAGUGCAGAAUGCCCGCUUGGCAACAUACCGGGCGGCGUGGGAAGUGGAUCAGGGCAGGAAUAACACAUACUACGCAAGCAUUGCCAAAUGCUAUGCAGCGGAUAUUGCUAACGAAGUAGCCGCGGAUGCUGUUCAGGUUUUCGGUGGCAAUGGCUUCAACAGUGAAUAUCCUGUAGAAAAAUUAAUGCGUGACGCAAAAAUCUUCCAGAUUUAUGAAGGCACCAGCCAAAUUCAGCGGUUGAUCAUCGCAAGAGAAUUAAUCAAACAAGCUUCUUCGUGAUCGGCGCUAGAGAAAACAACAUUCUGAUGGCACAGUUCAGAUUGAUUGUUGUUGUUUGCGUUCGUAAUUCGGGUUAUUUAUUAUAUUUUUUGAUUUUUUCUUUCUGUUUAUAAGUGAAAACUUCUAUAAUCUACGUUGCACCACAUCUACAUAGAAUAAUAGUAUUAACAGAUUUUGCACCUGUCCGACAUUCUUCGUCGUUUGUCGACAAAAACAUAUGGAUGAUCAAAUAAAAUUCUGAAGUG